AUGGUGUUCGACGCGCGUCUCGGGUAUGACCCAGACGAGUGGGAGGAAUGCCCGGAGCCGGAGCAUUUCCUCGUCUUCUCCGGCUUCACUCGUUAUCUGCUCACUAUUGGCGCCAUCGCUUUCGUCUACUAUUUCUUCAAACUUCUGGAUGACAAGAACAAAAAAGAAUCUGGAGGAGACAACAAAGACGACGAGAAAUCGGAAGAGCAGGCACAAACUUCGGUAGAACAAGUACUGGCGGCAGCCAGUCAUAAAUUGCAAGAUGUCAAGCAGACAGUGCAACACGUCCCGGAAAGCGCUGAAGAGCUGAUGCGUGAAGCGGACCAAUAUCUGAAAGAUCAAGUGCACAAUGUUCAAAAUAAUGUGCAACAUUUUGCGGAGCAAGCGGCUAACAAGUUCCCAAGUUUGGAAGUUGAUUUGAAUGUUGGCCACGCCAUCGACGCCACCAAAGAAAAGUUCGACACGGUGAUCUCCUCCGUCGACAGUCAUCUCCAUCAAACCAAGAACAUGGAUCUCUCCCCAACAUCCCGAGACUCUACCCUAUUCGAGCAGAUUCCUUCGAUCGCUCCGGACUCUCCAUUCUCUCACGACUUUGAGCACGUUCCACCACAUCUAAAAAAGGCGGCGGAGCAAUAUUAUGCUCAACAACAACCACCACCACCAGUCCCACAACAUAAGCAACCUGCUCCGAUUAGUCCGACGGAUCAACAGUUGCUUCAGGAAUUCGAUAUCUAUGAUGUUCCAGCAGAUCAGAGAAUUAAUCAGAUCACCGAGCAACUUGGGCAACUCGGACAGAAGACUCCUGCUCAGAUUCAACAGCUUCAGCACCAGCAGCUCCAACAUCAACAACUUCAACAACAAGGAGCAUUCCAACAAUUCCAACAACCUCUCGGACUCCAAAUCCAGCCGCAACAGUCACAACAGUACUUUGACUUCUCCCAGCUAUCCCCGGGAGCCCGUGCUCGUUACGAGCAACAACAAUUUGUGGACAUCUCCCAACUGUCGCCAGGAGCACGAGCUCUGAUUGCUGAGCAACAGGCUGCUGGUGCAUUCCAACCGGUUGCACCGAGAAAGUUGACAAGGGAGAAGAGGCUUAGUGAGCAGGACGAACGCGCGCUCCAAGACUGGGAGAAAGAAAAAGCGUUGUUGGAAGCGGAUCGAAUCAAGAAACUUCUCGACCAUGAAGCUGGAGGAGAUUCCAACACCGACUUGUCGAGCUCCCAGAAGGCUUACGAUCACUUCGCACCGGCAUCUCAUAUCUCGUAUGAGAGUCAUAGUACAGGAGCACAGCAUCAGCCUCUCACCCCAAUUGCUCCAAAACGAGCCGACCAACAACAACAACAAAUCGCACCACCACCACUCACUUCAAUCACCAAGUACGUUUAUUCAUUUAUUCAAGUAGUGCCAGAAUGUGGUGUAAGGGGAGUAGAGGGUGCCGAAUUGAAGGACCCAUGGAAGGCCAAGAGAAAUCUGCAUCACGACAAUCGACACUAUUUUCGUUAUGACGUUCGGAUCGUAGUGGUGGCCCUGUAA